AUGGCGCGGCCCGCGGAGAUUUUCGCGCCGCUUUUGGACCGUUUGAACGCGCCGCAUCCGUCAGUGAGGCGAUUCACUGUAGACGCCCUCUUCGCGCGAUUCAAGGCGCCGAGCACGGCGCCGCAAACCUGCGCACCCGCGCGCGAGGCGCUGACGGCGUGCCUGACUCAUGCCACGUCAGCCGUGGUGGACCAAUCCGUAACGGCGCUGUGCGGGCUCGUCCAAUCAGGGCACUGCAAGGCGGAUGAAGCGCUGGCGCAUUUGCUGGCGGCGCUGCCAGCAGUGCGGGGGGAGGUGGUGGGGAGUGUGUGCGGGGGGGUGGUGGGGAUGUACGUGUCGUGCGUCAGGGCUGACGUGGCGUGUGCUAAGGGUGACGUGGCGCCUGCAACUAUUGGAGACACGGGACGAGGCGCAUCUGCCUCUGCUUCACCACCUCACCCUCCUCCUCCUCUCCCCUCCUCCUCUCUCCACCACCCCCAUCACCACUACCAAGAUCGGGAGUCCAUGCUGGCAAGCUUAGGCGAGCUCAUGGAUCUAGCCUAUGCCACGUCAUCAUCCACUGAAUCCCAACAAACCCAACACCAGAUCCCCCAAAGCAACCAACCACACCAAUCCCACCACAGCCACCAUCCACACUCGCUCCCCUCCCUCACCACCCGCCUCUCCGCCUGUGCUCUCGCACUCUCUCUUGAGCUGCAAGCCGCCGGCACCACCGCUGCUGGUGCAUCUUCUGCUGCUGCUGCUGGGGCUGCUGCUGCAGCUCCCACUGCUGCUGCCUCUGCUGCUGCUGGUCUGCCCUCCUGCCUCUUCCUCGUUCAAAAGGCCUCUCUGCUGCGAGCGCGGAUUGACUGUCAGAGAGAGGAGGGAGAGAGUGAAAAGGAGGAUGUGGGGAGAAGAGAAGGGGAAGAUUCCAGCAUGGGUGUGGGACAGCUGGGAGGCGUCGGAGGAAUGAGAAGGAUGGGAAGAGAAAGGGGGGAGUCGGAGGAAGCGGAGCAGCAGAGGGGAGGGGAAGGGGAUGCAGUGGAGGUGGUGGGGUUGCUGCGCCUGCUGCUGUGCGGGUUACCAACAGACCAAGACCACAUCGCUGUGCUCGCAGUGCUACAGCACACCCUUACCAAGCUGAAUCGGGGAGCUGCUGCUGAAGCCGCUGAAUCGUCUAGGCGCAAAGGUACACGUGGUGGUGGCGGUACACAGAGUACGGUUCCUCUGCUGCUGCUGCCGCUGCUCCACCUCCUCUCCUUCCCAUCGCCUGCCCUCAAGCAAGAUGCAGCUCGUGCUAUGAAUGCCUGCCUCACUGUUACUGCCACUGCCACUCAGCCUCUCCUCUCCUCGUCCCUGUCACCCUCUGCUGGAUCUGCCAUCGCAAUCGCCUCGGCCCAACGGCAGCGUGGCACGUGGCACUCGCCGGAAACCUGGGCAAAUGAGCCUGUGCCACGUCAGCAUGACCUCGCUGGGUCCUCCCCAAGCGCAGACGUGGAUGAUGAGCUUGCUGACGUGGCAAAGUCGCUGGCGCUUUCAGACGGGAGAAGCACGCUGGCAGGAGCACCAGGUGGGGUGCAUGGGUGCCACGUGUCAGGCUCUAAUAGGUGGCUUCUGGCGCUACAGCAGCAGCUGAAUCAGAUCCGGAAAGAGACAGUGAGAAAGGCAGGGAGGGAAACAUCAGCAGGCAGUGGCAUGAGUCAAUCACUGAUCCUCUCACUCGCAGCUCUCCUCCUCCCACUCUCCACCCUCCACCCGUCCCCCUCCCUCCGCUCCUCCUCCCUCCUCUCCCUCUCCCGCCUUGCCUCCUGUGAGCCUAUCUGGGCUCUCUCCCUGCUGCCAGCUGUCCUCUGGAGUUUGAGCCACGUGGCACAAGAAGGGGUGGGCGGGGAGGGAGAGGUGGGGGGAGAGAGAGGGGUGAAGGAAGGCGGGGGGAGGGGAAGCGGUAACGCGGGCGGCAAGUCUUGUCUUCAAGUGCUCUGCGUCCUGCCGAGCCUUGCGAGGCACUGGCUGGCUGCUGGUCCUGUGGUGCAGGUCCUGACAAAGCUUGCCGGCCAGAAGUCCCGCCCUCUCCUUGCAUUAGUGGCUCUGCGGCUGCUGCAGCAAGCCUGGGCCAUCACCGACCGCAUCUUCCCCUCCCUGCAGCCGCUGCUGAACCUCUUAACCUGCUCUCCCUCUCCCUCCCCGUCCAUUCCCUUCCCCUCCUCCAGUCUCCUUGCAUCUGCGGCUCUGCGGCUGCUGCAGCAAGCCUGGUCCAUCACAGAUCGCAUCUUCCCCUCCCUGCAACCACUGCUGCUGCCGCCCUCCCUCUCCUUCCCCAAAAGCAUAAGAAUAACCAGCACCAGCAGCACAGCUAGCGGUGAUGUGGGGGGAGGAGAGGUGAUGGUGCUGGCAGCAGCAGCAAGCAUACGAGGAGUGUGUUGCCACGAUACGGACCGGGCAGUGCGUCUGGUGCUGUCAGUGCAGGCAGCUAUCGAGUCUCCAAGCCCUCUCGUUGCUGCCUUUGGUUUGGACGCCCUUGCUGCUCUCUGUGCUGCUGAUGCCGUGGAUUUCUUUACGGCGUGGAAAGUGGUGUCCCGAUCACACCCCUCCCUGCCCGCGCAUCCAAUCACGGCUGCCCGUUGGUGCCACCUGCUGCAAUCCGCUGCUCUCGACGCCGCAGCCUAUCCCAACGCGACACGUGGCAUCAUGGAGGGCCUGUGGGAAGCUGCCAGGAAAGGGAGGGAGGGGGAGCUGAUAGAAGGAGGAGGGGGAGGAGGGGGAGAAGGGGAGAGGGAAUGGAGGCAGACUCGUGCUGCUGCGUUCACUGCACUUGCUGCUUUCACGGUAACCCUCCCGCCCACGCAUUCUUCCCAGCUCCUCGUAACAACCUCCGUAUGUCUAGUCCCUCCAGAAGUCACGCUGGAUGACGUCACAGCCACAUGGCCCUACCCCAGUACCCACCUCGUUCAAGCCUUCCUCUCAGAGCCCUGCCCUGCCAUGCGCCAAUCCAUGCUCCCACUGCUCUCCCAACAGGUGGAUGACGUGGCAACCACAUGGCCCUGCCCUGCCAUGCAACAACCCAUGCUCUCCCAACAGGUGGAUGACGUGGCAACCACAUGGCCCUGCCCUGCCAUGCAACAACCCAUGCUCUCCCAACAGGUGGAUGACGUGGCAACCACAUGGCCCUGCCCUGCCAUGCAACAACCCAUGCUCUCCCAACAGGUGGAUGACGUGGCAACCACAUGGCCCUGCCCUGCCAUGCAACAACCCAUGCUCUCCCAACAGGUGGAUGACGUGGCAACCACAUGGCCCUGCCCUGCCAUGCAACAACCCAUGCUCUCCCAACAGGUGGAUGACGUGGCAACCACAUGGCCCUGCCCUGCCAUGCAACAACCCAUGCUCUCCCAACAGGUGGAUGACGUGGCAACCACAUGGCCCUGCCCUGCCAUGCAACAACCCAUGCUCUCCCAACAGGUGGAUGACGUGGCAACCACAUGGCCCUGCCCUGCCAUGCAACAACCCAUGCUCUCCCAACAGGUGGAUGACGUGGCAACCACAUGGCCCUGCCCUGCCAUGCAACAACCCAUGCUCUCCCAACAGGUGGAUGACGUGGCAACCACAUGGCCCUGCCCUGCCAUGCAACAACCCAUGCUCUCCCAACAGGUGGAUGACGUGGCAACCACAUGGCCCUGCCCUGCCAUGCAACAACCCAUGCUCUCCCAACAGGUGGAUGACGUGGCAACCACAUGGCCCUGCCCUGCCAUGCAACAACCCAUGCUCUCCCAACAGGUGGAUGACGUGGCAACCACAUGGCCCUGCCCUGCCAUGCAACAACCCAUGCUCUCCCAACAGGUGGAUGACGUGGAUGACGUGGCAACCUCAUGGCCCAGCACCAUCGUUCAAGCCUUCCUCUCAGAGCCCUGCACCUCCGUGCGACAACCCGUGCUCUCCUUGCACACCAACCUUGCCCACUCUCAACACAGGACCCGGCCCACACAACCCGGACCCGGGGUGGAUGACGUGGCAACCACAUGGCCCUACCCCAGCACCCACCUGCUUCGAGCCUUCCUCUCAGAGCCCUCUCCUUCCGUGCGGCAAGCCAUGCUCCCCCUGCUUACCAAACUGGCAGACUAUCAACACAGGACCCGACCCCGGGGUCGGAGGGCUGUGGUGGUGGGCGGAGGAGAGGGGGCGGAGGGUGAUGUGGCGUCUGCUGCCACGUCAGCCGGUGCGCCUGGUGGCGCCACGUGGCGGUCGAACAAGCUCCUGGCGGCGCUGCCCCGGCUGCUGUGUCCGGAGAGCUUCGGCGGCCGCAAGGGAAAAGAUGGACUUGAUGUACCUGCUGCCGCCUUGCUGCUGGUGCCGCCACCACCGCCAGAGCCGCUGUCAGGCGCAUCUGCUGGGAGUGUCAGGCAGGCGCGGGUAGACCUGGAGAAGGCUCUCAAGGAAAGAGACGCACACUUCCACCGCAUCUUCCUGGAAACUUCUCAGUCUCUCAGCCGCCCGGCCUUCUUCCCGCUGGUGCUCUCCUCGCUCGCCGCCUGGACCCACUUCAUGCGCCAAUGGUAUCGCGCCAGGUGUCGCCUUCUGCACGCCACAGCCGCCGCCGCCCCUGCUGGUGGUGCUGCUACAGCUGCUGCAGCAGUGGGAGGCACAGAGACAGGGAUAGGGGGAGCAGCAGGGGGAGGGGGAUUAGUGGGAGCUGUUCCUCCUGGCGACGUGCCGGCAGCAGCAGCAAGGGGGCUAUGGACAACAGUAACCCAAGGGUUCGACAGCGGUGUUCCAAUGCAGGCAGAGAACAGUGCUCUCGCCCUCGCCGCUCUCUGCCAAGCCUUGCCGCCCGCCCUCCACCCCCUUGUAGCCUCUGCUGCUGAUCUGCUCCGAGGGAGGCUCAAAGAUGGGGGGACGAGUGCGGGAUGGGGGGUGGAAGAGACGGGGGAAGGGGAAGAGGAGAGAAGGGGAGGGGGAGGGGGAGGGGGAGUGGGGAGGAGAGGGGGAGUGGGUAGGGAAGGGAGGGGGGUGGGUGGUGCAGGGUGGGUGGCGGUGAGUGGGUGGGCGGAUGCUCUAGCACUGGGGGCUGUGGGAGGGUGCCUUCAUGCCACAGAUGCCCACAUGCGACUGAGAAUAGCCAUUCUUCACACCAGGAUUCUCAACCAAUCAGGAGCCGACAGCUCGCUCCGCUUCGCAGCUGCUGUUUCCCUCGGGACCAUCGCAGCGCGCCAGGUGGCGCUCUCCCAUUCGUCAACCACAGAAGGCACCAGCACCAGCGACAGCACCAGUGGCAAGAGUGCUGACUCAGCAUCUGCUGCAGCAGCGACAGCUGUGCGAACGCUCUGCGCUGUGAUUGCUUUGUUAGGCAUUGCUAUUCUCACCUCCUCCCUCACCUGCUCUUCCUCCUCCUCUUCCUCUUCCUCCUCCUCUUCCUCUUCUUCCUCCACUUCCUCCUCACACCUCUCCCUCCUUCACUCCUUCGCCUCACUUCUCUUCCAGUGGACUCAAGCCUUUGCUCACUCGCUCACAUUGAACCAGAAUGUACCUUCCCCAGGCAAACCUUCCUCAGUUGUACCUCCCCCACUAGUGGACGGCUGGGGUGACCCCAUCGCCCCACCCACCCCGCCAUCCCCCUUGGACUCUCCCUCGGCCAGCUACGUGCCGCCACCUGUCCUCGCAGCAGCAGCUGCACUGGCACUGCCCUUGAUCGCAGAGGACGCGCUGCAGUCAUUGGUCGAGGCGUACCGGCGCGACUGCCACGUCAGUGUCAAGCGCCAGGCUGGCUGGGCGCUGGCGCUCUGCGUGGAAGCUUCUCGGAAACUCUCGGGCGAAGGGGAUGAGGAGGAGGAAGAUGAGGAUGAUGAGGAGGGCGGGGGGUGGGGAGGAGGAGUCGGAGGAGGAGGAGGAGGAGGAGGAGGAGGAGGAGGAGGAGGAGGAGGAGGAGGAGGAGGAGGAGGAGGAGGAGGAGGAGGAGGAGGAGGAGGAGGAGGAGGAGGAGGAGGAGGAGGAGGAGGAAGAGGGGUAGGGGGAAGUGGAGGUGGGAGUGGAGGGAGGAGGGGAGGAGGGGGAGAGGAGAAGCAGUGGUUGCUGAAUCAAUUCCCGGCUGAUAGUGUGGUGCGGCUGCUGGCAUCUUGGUUGUUGGAGCGGAGUCUACACGUGGGGGCAGGAGCGGGCAGCCUGUGGGAUACUGCCAGCGUGCCAGCUGUCGCAUCCUCAUUGGCCCUCCUCUCCAACGCCCCUCGAAUCCCCUCUUUAGACUGGGCCUCCAUCCUCCACCGCUUCCUCCGCAGAGCCUCCUCCGGGACUAUUCCCGCCUCCCAUGCUGCCCUGCUGCUCCUCCCUCUCUCCGCUGCUGCUUCAGCAGCGGCAGCAGGGCCACUGGGAGGAGGGUCUGUAGAGGCAUCAGUAGCAGGAGGUAUUUCAGCAGCAGCAGGAGCAACGGCAGAUGCAGACAAUCUACGCUGUGCGUGCCUCCACUUCGCCGCCCACCGCGGGAUCAUCCCCUUCCUCGAUGACCUCACCGCUGACGUCAGCAGGCUCGUCCAGCUGGCGCCGGCGGUGCAGCGAGCGCUGCUGUCGCGACACCUGGCGGCCGUGGUGCGGCUGUUCUCCCAGGAAAGAUCCCGGAAGCUUCUGAGGGAUGUGAUGGGGCUGGUGAGAACGUACAUGGCUGCUGCUUCUGGUGCCGCUGCUGCCUCCGCCGCUGCUCGUACCGCCGCUGCUGGUGCUGCUGCAGCUGGUGGUGGUGGUGGUGGUGGUGGUGGUGGUGGUGGUGGUGGUGGUGGUGCUGCUGCUGCUGCUGCUGCUGCUGCUGCUGCUGCUGCUGCUGCUGCUGCUGAUGGAUCAGGCGUAGGAUCAGAGGAAGGUAAAGAAGAGGCCACUUCAGAGUG